CGUCACUACGUCAGCUCGAUUCUGCUGAAGAUGAAAUCUGGGUCCCGCUUGAAUCCAGCAAGCCGGAAACCCAGAAGGCCAGCCUGUCCUGCAACGGCAACCUCACUACACGCUUAACCACGGCGCACUUCAGAAAAGAAAAGAAAAGAAAAAGAAAAAGCAAACUCAGUGGAGAUUCAUCGAUCCUCUUUAUCUCCGUCUUCACAAAACUCAAGCGUUGUUUUCAGGGAUAAAAAAUCUCGUGGAGCUGAGAAGAGCCUAAUCUUGCACACCACCUGUUUGUUUUUUGGCCAAUGUUAGAUUCAUCAUUUCCCUACUCUUGUUACCGUCCCUUCUCUUUGGUUCUGUGCUUAGCAACUCUGGGUUUAGCUGGAGACCCUUAUGUGUUUUACGACUUGACUGUCUCCUACCUCACUGUUUCCCCUCUAGGUGUUACCCAAAAGGUUAUUGGAGUAAAUGGGCAGUUCCCUGGACCCAUUCUAAAUCUCACUACCAACUGGAAUGUCGUUGCAAACAUAAAAAACUAUCUUGAUGAGCCUUUGCUUAUCACAUGUUAAAUGCAUAUAGGAAUGGUGUACAAUUGAGGAAGAAUUCUUGGCAAGAUGGUGUCUCUGGGACAAAUUGUCCAAUACCUGCUGGAUGGAACUGGACUUAUCAGUUCCAAGUCAAGGACCAGAUUGGGAGUUUCUUCUAUUUCCUUUCAAUGAACUUUCAAAGAGCAGCAGGUGGUUAUGGAGGAAUCACUAUAAACAAUAGAGAUGUUAUCCCUUUACCAUUUGGGUUGCCAGAUGGAGAUGUCACCUUAUUUAUCAGUGACUGGUACAUUAAAAGUCAUAAGGAAAUGAGAGUAGAUCUUGAAAAAGGCACUGGACUUGGAGCACCUGAUGGUGUGCUGUUUAAUGGGUUGGGCCCAUACCGAUACGAUAAUGGGCUUGUGCCUGAUGGCAUUCAUUAUCUUAUGGUCAAUGUUGAAGCAGGCAAAACAUACCGCUUGCGUGUGCAUAAUGUUGGGAUAUCUACCAGCCUGAAUUUCAGAAUACAAAACCACAAUUUACUUCUUGUUGAGACUGAGGGGUCAUACACUGUGCAACAGAGCUAUAAAAGCAUGGAUAUCCAUGUAGGUCAAUCAUACUCAUUCCUAGUGACUAUGGAUCAAAACCCCACUAGAGACUUUUACAUUGUUGCCACUCCGCGCUUUGUAAAUUCGCCUGAUAGGUCAAAGCCCGUGGGAGUCGCUAUAUUGCACUACUUGAAUUCUCUUGGGCCCGCUGCGGGCCCACUCCCUGACCUGCCCGAAGAAAAUGACGUGAAUUUCUCGAUGAUGCAAGCAAGGUCAGUGAGAUGGAAUGUAUCGUCCAGCGCAGCCCGGCCCAAUCCGCAAGGCUCUUUCAAAUAUGGGGAGAUCACAGUUACAGAUGUUUAUGUUAUUGUAAAUGGGCCUGCAGAGAUCAUAGAAGGGAAAUGGCACGCUACACUUAACGGAAUUUCAUAUUUUACCCCUUCAACACCUUUGAAGCUUGCAGAGGAAUUCAACGUCCCAGGGGUUUUCAAGCUCGAUUUUCCAAACAAAGUGAUGGGUCGACCCUCUAAGAUCGAUACAUCUGUUAUCAAUGCCACUUAUAAAGCCUUUGUGGAAAUAGUAUUCCAAAACAAUGGCACAACAGUUCAAAGCUACCAUCUUGAUGGUUAUGACUUUUUUGUUGUUGGGAUGGAUUAUGGUUUGUGGAACCAGAACAGCAGAAGCACUUACAACAUGUGGGAUGGAGUGGCUAGAUGCACUACCCAGGUUUUUCCCGGAGCUUGGACUGCUAUACUGGUUUUUCUUGACAAUCCCGGCAUCUGGAAUCUGCGUUCUGAGAAUCUUGAUUCCUGGUACCUUGGCCAAGAAGUCUAUAUCAGUGUUGUCAAUCCAGAGAACGCCGACAAAACUGAGCUUCCCUUGCCAGACAAUACAAUAUAUUGUGGUGCACUCUCCUCUCUGCAGAAAGACCAAGCGCGACGAGUUAACUUCUCAAAGGGCUGCAGCAUUCUCCCAAACAAGGGGUUCCUGAUUUUGUUUGGUGCAUUGUUGUAUCUUUUGAGACAGUGAGUGGGAAAGCUUUUCCAGAUUUAUAAUUGUCAAGCACUAUAGGCAAUAGGAUGAGUUAAUGCAAGAGAAAUGUAAAGAUUAUUGCUGGGUUUGGAUUAAGGUGAAUCUAGGUGAGCUUGUGUAAAUAUGGUUUGAACCAUUUGGUACUAUUGAUCUUAUAUAGAUGAGGUGAUAGAAUUACUUUGUCAAAAAAUUAGCCAACCUCAU